AUGACAGCUGACAAAAUCGACCAGGCUCCUAGUCAAUCAGAGUCUACCCAGUUGCCAUCUUCACUGGCUCCGAUCCCGGCCCUGACUCAGUCUCUGGGUUUAGCUGCUACAGAAGAAACGAUCUUGUCUCACACUGAAGAUGAAGACGAAGAAGAAGUAGAAGACGACGAAAACGAGCCACUUCCUGUGGAAUACCCGGGAACUGUUGUUCCUGAUACUCGCCAGGAAGAAAUCGAUGCUGACCAAGACUUGACUACGGACUUAGAUCCCAACACGGACUACAUUGACCUUAUCCAUUUGAAGAUUUCACUGUUGGAUGACCUUCAUCUCGAGAGAUUCUCCAAGUUAGAGUCGUUAUGUUUGAGACAGAACUUGCUUACUUCGAUAGUGGAGUUGGAUACCCUUCCCGCAGACACCAUGGAGGAAUUGGACUUAUACGACAACAGAAUCAAUCAUAUUUCCAGUAGCAUCAAGCGAUUAGUCAAGUUGAAAAAUCUCGAUUUGUCAUUCAAUAAAAUCAAAAAUAUCAAAAAUUUAGAAACAUUGACCAAACUUGAAAACUUGUACUUCGUGCAGAAUAAAAUCAAAGAGAUCAAGAACUUGGAGACCUUGACCAGCUUAAAGAACUUAGAGUUGGGAGGUAACAAGAUAGAGUAUAUAAGUGAAAACCUUAACACUUUAGUCAACCUACAACAGUUAUGGUUGGGAAAAAACAAAAUUCACAAGUUUGAGAACAUGUCGAACUUGGUCAACUUGAGAGUGCUCUCAAUACAGUCCAAUAGAAUCACCAAGAUCGAGGGCUUGGACAAGUUGACCAACUUGGAAGAAUUGUACUUGUCUCAUAACGGUAUAGAGAAAAUUGAGAAUUUGGACCAUAACACGAAUCUUAAUGUGCUAGACGUUACUUCCAACAAAUUGACCAAACUUGAGAACUUGUCGCAUCUCACCAAAUUGACAGACUUCUGGUGUUCAUACAAUCAUAUCGCUACCUUUGAGGAGAUCUCCAAGGAGCUAGGCAAGCUUCCAGAGCUAGACACUGUCUAUUUUGAGGGAAACCCAGUUCAGACUCAGAACAUGACGGCAUAUAGAAGAAAGUUGAAAUUGAACUUGGGCCCCAGCUUGACCAAGAUUGAUGCCACCUACAUACGUAGCUAGAAUUAGUUGAAAAUGAUAUGAUUUGCUUCG